ACUAUAUAUUUUAUCUAUGGUCUAAGAGUUUGAGUUUCACUUAAAUUGAUUGGGCCAUGCCGGUGGAUAAUAAGCGAGUUCGGGGACCAGAGGAAUCCCAGUCGCCCUGGCUGUUCGUGCAGCAGACCCGGGUCCCCCAGACAAGCGAGUCAGAAAGACGGGCGGACGGCAGGCGGCGGGGCCAGGUGGAUGCGAGGCCGAUGUUUGCUCGCUGUGGACUGGUGAGCCAGGCCAAGGGCUCUGCCUAUAUCGAGGCUGGGAACACGAAGCUGAUCUGCUCGGUGUACGGACCGCGCGAGACGGAGAGGAAAGACGAGCUGGAUAUGAGGGCGGGCAGGCUGGUGUGCGCUUUCCGACUCGCUCCCUUCUCUUGCGCGAAACGGUGCCCAUGGAUCCAGGGCAGCCAGGAGAAAGACCUAACCCUGAGCCUGCAGGAGAGCCUGCAGCCCGGGGUUUGCCUGCACAGGUACCCGCGGUCGCAGAUCGAGGUGAACGUGCUGGUUUUGGAGAAUGACGGCUCUGCUCUGGCACACGCAAUCACCUGCGCCUCCUUAGCUCUGGCCGAUGCCGGGAUCGAGAUGUACGACUUGGUAAUCGGAUGCUCGUUAAGACAAGACGGUGCUGCGUAUUUGCUCGACCCGACCUGCUGCGAGGAAACCGGGGACGAGUCGACUGAGAACCAAGGGAGCUUGACUGUGGCGCUGCUACCCACCCUAAACCAGAUCUCAGGGCUGCUCUCCACCGGGGAGAUGAAGGAGGAGACCGUGGUGGGAGCCAUCAGAGCCUGUGUCGAGGGCUGCCAGCGACUGUACCCAGCAGCUCAGCAGUGCUUGCUAAAAGCGGUGCGGCGGAAGGUUCCUGCCCCGCAGAACUGACUGGUCCGGGGGCCGCUGAAGGCACGACGAUAACUGAAAAAACUGUCUGGCAGCAGAAAUCCACAGCCGCAGUGAAUAAAUGUAAUUUUGUUUUUGUCAUUGUCAAAAAAUGUAAUCUUUGUGCAUUUGUUAUUAAAUGUAUUUUUG